AUGGAGCGACAAGGCUCUACCUAUCCCAAGUAUAGUCAAGGUUACUCUGCCGAUGUGGAUAUAAUACGAGAACAAGAGUAUCCUUUACUAAAUGAAACAACCUACUUGGACUAUGCAGGGACAACACCCUAUGCUAAGUCCAUGAUCGAGAGUUUCUCGCGCGAUCUGACGUCAAAUCUGUUUGGGAACCCCCAUUCGAUGUCUUUAUCGUCACAGAACUCUACACAACGAACGGAUGAUAUUCGCGUCCGUAUGUUGCGAUUUUUCAAUGCAGACCCGGCCGAAUUUGACCUUGUGUUUGUGGCAAACGCAACUGCUGGCAUCAAGUUAGUUGCAGAUUCACUCCGGGACUUCGACCACCGCGGAUUCUGGUAUGGGUAUCACAUUGAUUCCCAUACCAGUCUUGUCGGGGUACGAGAACUGGCAGAAAUGGGAUACCAGUGUUUCCAAAGCGACAAUGAGAUGGAGGCCAAGAUAUCCGAGCUGGCUACCGACCAGUCAAAAGCACCCAGAUUACUUGCAUAUCCAGCACAAUCCAACAUGAACGGUCGGCGCCUGCCUAGCUGCUGGUCCGAACAAAUCAGGUCUGCAGCGAAUGAAAGUGGAGGGAAUGUAUACACUCUGCAUGACGCUGCAUCGCUGGUAUCAACGGCACCACUUGACCUGGGACCGGCUGCAUCUGCACCGGACUUCACCGUCCUCAGCUUCUACAAGAUAUUUGGAUUCCCAGAUUUGGGAGCUCUGAUCGUUCGCAAAAGCGCUGCACGGGCCUUUGAGCGGCGGAAAUAUUUUGGUGGAGGCACCGUCGAUAUGGUCGUGGCCACCGGGGUACAAUGGCACGCUAAGAAGGAAUCCUCCAUUCAUGAGCGGCUGGAGGAUGGUACCCUCCCGUUCCAUAACAUCAUAGCUCUGGACGCAGCUUUGGAUACGCACGAGCGUCUAUUCGGGUCGAUGGCGAAUAUUUCGGCCCACGCUGAGUUCCUUGCGAAGGAAACCUAUGAUAGACUCUCUUCGUUGGCACAUUUCAACGACAGGAAAGUCUGUCAAAUCUAUGAGUCGCCAAGCUCUACGUAUGGCAAUUCAACCGCCCAAGGUCCAAUUAUCGCGUUCAACCUUUGCAAUAGCCGUGGCGAAUGGGUCCCAAAGACGGAAGUGGAAAAGUUGGCUACCGUGCAAAACGUUCAGAUACGCACUGGAUCCGUGUGCAAUCCAGGUGGAACAGCUUCCUCGCUUGGGUGGACUGGAGCUGAGCUUCGCCGCCACUACUCUGCUGGAUUACGGUGCGGUGAUAACCAUGACAUCCUAGGAGGGAGACCGACGGGUGUUCUGCGUGUCAGUUUCGGAGCCAUGACAAAUAUGAAAGAUAUAGACUCAUUGAUUAACUUCAUCGAGGAGUUCUAUGUCGAGAAGGUUCCGCCUAUAAUUGCGCUCAACCCCCCGUUGGAAGACAAUGAGGUCGUUGAACCGCACUUCUACAUUGAGAGCCUGGCAGUCUUCCCAAUCAAGAGUUGCGGUCCUUUUAAGAUACCCAAUGGGAAGCGCUGGGAAGUUAAGAAAGAGGGAUUGGCUUGGGAUAGAGAAUGGUGUCUGAUUCAUCAAGGGACUGGCGCAGCUCUGAAUCAGAAAAGGUAUCCUCGUAUGUGUCUCAUACGACCAUCAAUUGAGCUUGAAAGAGGAGUGCUUCGAAUCACCUGUGGUGCAAUAGCCGCACCAGAUCAAGUCAGCCUUGAGAUUUCCCUUGGCUGGGAGGAUACAAGUGCCAUAUCCACUUCCUUCUGCCCUAGCUCCGCCAAAAGGCCUACGACAGUCUGCGGCGAUCCGAUCUCUCUACACGCCUAUACAUCACCGGUGGUUUCUGCGUUUUUCUCAGACUUCUUAGGAGUGCCAUGCACCCUUGCCCGGUUCCCUACGCAGACCACCAACCGGUACUCACGGAUACCGCGCACACAAACUACGUGGAAGAACCGUUUUCGAAAACUCAUCAUGCCAGGCUCAUUCCCCCCGGACUUCCCUCCCCCGGUGCGGGAGAAUGGCCGUAUGCCAAUUACAUUAUCCAACGAGUCGCCAAUCCUCAUUGUCUCACGUUCGUCUGUGAACCAACUGAAUGAAACCAUCAAAGCAAAUACUAAGCAUGGGAGCAGCAAGACAGUUGCAGCGGAUGUCUUCCGUGGUAAUAUUGUCGUCGCGGAGCGACUGGCUCGUCGUGGCGACGUCGAGCAGCCCUAUGCGGAGGACCGCUGGUCAUCUCUUCGAAUCGGGCCUGACCAGCUUCGAUUCGAUGCUUUGGAUUCAUGCCAGCGAUGCCAGAUGGUUUGUAUAGAUCAGUUCACCGGUACCCGACGAGAUGAACCUUUUUCAACGCUUGCCAAGACAAGAAAUAUCGAUGGGAAGGUCACGUUUGGCAAAUACUCCACACUUUCCCCGGAGGAACUGGAAUAUGACUUGGAACAGCCUGACCGCAGGACGGUUAUGGUUGGGGAUGUGGUUGUACCAUCAUAUCGGGAUUAA